CGUGCACACGGACAGCUUUCUGUUUGAUCCGCACGCGAUACUUCAGUUCCAGUUUGAGUUGAUUUGACGUGAAGCUGGUUCAGUUCGUGUUUUUCACGAAAGCUAGACAUAAAACAGCUAAAACUGGGAUUUUCUGGUAUUUUUCAUUUUUUUUAUUUUAUUUUAUUAUUUUUUUUGAGUAGGGGCUGGAAACACCUGAUGCACCUGCCUGAUGUGGACCUGCUGAGUUAACAUCAUGAAAUAAUAAUUGGGGGGAAAAUUCUAAUAGUAGCAUGACACAAUAAGAAGCCACAGAGAAGUUGAUGGUUACAAACCUUUUGGAAGUAAAGAUGGAGCAGAACAAGUUAAAGGCAGCGUGUCUGGCGAUGCUUUUUCUAAUGGCGGUGUGUGUGAAGGGUGACUUUGUGGAGCCUCCCCAGCCCGUCACCGUCCAGCGCUCCCUGGCCGAGACCCAGACCAGGCUGCCCUGCCACUACCAGCUGGAGGACGGAGAGCAGGUGAUCCAGGUCACCUGGUACAAGGAGCUGAGGGACGGCAGCAAGGACCAGAUCGUCACCGUGCACUUCACGGAGGGCCACAAAGAGUUCGGUCGGUACUCGGGACGAGUGAAGUUCGAGAACGUCAACCCGAUGCAGAACUCGGCUCUGCUCAUCCCCAGGACGGAGGAGUCGGACGAGGGCAGCUACACCUGCCACAUCUCCACCUUCCCCAACGGAAACUUCGAGCGACGCAUCGCGCUCACCGUCUGGAUAUUACCCAUCUCCUCGCUGGACCCGGUGGUUCUCGUGGAGGGCGAGCCGUUCCGAGCGGUGGCCUCCUGCCGGGCCGUCGGCCGCCCGGCCCCCCGCCUCUCCUGGGACACGGAGCUGCCGGGACAGGUGGAGGAGCGCACCAGCGAGGGCGGCUCGGUGUCCAGCUACUACUCUCUGCACCCGCUGCGCAGCAUGAACGGGAAGAGGCUGGACUGCCUGGUGGCUCAUCCGGCGCUGGAGCAGCCGCGCCGGCUGGCGAACCGCCUGGUGGUGCAGUACCCCCCAGAUGCCGUCAUCUCCACGUCUCCAGAGCAUCUGUAUGUGGGCCUGGAGAACGCCGAGCUGCUUUGUGACAGCAGAGGAAACCCCAGACCUCACAGCAUCACCUGGGCGCGGAAAGAAGGACACCUGCCAGACGGCGUGUCUGUGACCGGAGGGAAAAUCCAGUUUGGACGGACCCUUCGCGCAAAUGACAGCGGGGUCUAUGAGUGUGUGGUCAAUAACACUGUGGGAGUGGGAAGAACAGAGUUCGUGCUGACAGUAGCAGAGAAAUCUUUCUUCCGGUCGGAUCUUCUUGGCGAUAGUCAGUUUCUCAUCAUUAUCGGCGCUGCGGCUGCGGGCUUGGUCUUGAUCCUGGUCAUCGUCAUCCUUGUGGUUAAUCGCCAUCAUCGGCACCGAAACAGAAAGCUUGAGAUGGAGCUCAGUGAGAAAAAGGAAGAAAUUAACAACCUCUCCAGACAAGCGUCAUUCAGAAGACUGAACUCUGUCAGCUCAGACCCCAGACUACCGGCUGACGAUUACGCCCUGCUCAGAGUGGACAGCCGGAUGAAGAACAGCCAAAUAUCUCUUGAGCGCCCGGGCUACAAAGGCAGCCAGUCCACCCUGGGAGGGAAAUGGGCUCCUCAGUCCGGGGUGGAGCUGGACGAACUGGGACGUCCGGUGAUCUGGCAAGACGGCCGAGAGAGCCUGAGAGUGGGAGAGAUGGACGGAGAGAAGGAGGAGCGCAGGAGGAGGGUGGAGUCGUACCUGAAGAGCAGCAACAUGUCGCUGGACUCAGGUCUUCCUUCAUCUUUGGUUCCCCUGAAGGCCCAGCAGGACGACGGCGUCGGGCUCAGAGAACCGGACCUGGACCACCUGCGACAGGGAGGCUCGCCACACGAAGCGGACUGGGCUCCCAGUCCGCCUGCUGCCGAAGGGCACGAGGAUGAUGAAGACAGCAGCUCCUACCAGAUCUCAGAGGCGCUCUCCAAUCACUUCUACCUCAGUAAAGGCGUGCUGAGGCCCCGGCCGCACUCCAACGCCAUCCUGCUGCAGCCCAGAGGACAGAUAAUCUAAUCCAGACUGUCACCCGGGACCCCUGCAGGCCUCAUUCCUCAUUUUGAACUUCACCUCAGGAAUCAGUUGGCUCCGGUGACGGUAGAGCCGUGACUUUGCUGGACAGACGCCACAGAUGAGGAGCAGCCAGGCGGGAACUGGGGAGAAGUGCCUGUUCCACUAAUGGAGGGUUACACGGCAGCAGAGCUUUGCUUUUACCUCACUCCGAAGGCAACGUGAGCCGUGGACGAAAAGUGAUCAAUGAUCCAAUGACAACCGUGUCAUGUAAACACUUAGCUCUGUCCGAUUCAGUCAAUAACCCUGCAUGGUCGUCUCCUCCUGAUCAUGAAUGAAUGAAUCAAACACUGGCUGGCUUCCAGGUAAAACUGUCACACUUGACCAACUUCACAAGGCGGAGCAUGAUGGGAUUGAUCCACUGACUGAAUCGGAGGAUGUUGCUGGUGUUUAAAAACCUGAUACCUUCGUUCAGUGUUCAUGGGACAGUACGAUCCUCAAUGAGAACGACUUCAAGGAAUGAAACCUCCUGUUACAAAGUUGACCUGAUCGUAGGGUGUGACGAGAUCUCGCGGGAUUAAAUCAUGAUGAGAUUUGUCGAGAUUUGAGUGUAUAUUCAUCUACUUGCAUUACAGACAAAACACAGUUUUGUUUUUUUUAUGUUUGUGGAUGAAAUGAAGCAAACUGGGAUUUGGCAUCAGGUUUAUAUCUUAACAAUUCCUUUGAGUGUUCAUUGAUGGCACACGGGGAUGACCUGUAAAAAUACUUUGUAAAAAAAAAAAAACAUUUGAUGACAACCACUAUAUAUGCUGUUUUUUUGUAAUAAAUUGCAAAAAAUAACAUUUAAA